AGUGCUCUAGAAGUCGUCUCCCAUGUAGUAUUGUUCAUUACUCACCAAAAGCAUAGCUUUUUGGGUUCGGGAAGCAGCAAAGUUUACUCUUUGAAAUUUAAACAGCUGUAACAUCCUGAAUAAAGUUCCCUCGCAAAGAGAAUACAAAAGUGUAAUAUACUACUCGUUCCCAGUUGUUCAUAUUAUUACGGCCGCAGAAACGACCUGAAAAUCGGGUCUAGUUUUCACAUCAAUACAUUUGAAAUCACAUUAUUCCGCACUUAUCUCUGCCCAAGUUAUCAGAUAUCUAGAUUUCAUCAAUUUUAACUUGUUUUUGAUGUGAUGUCAUAAAUCUUCUAAUUUGAUAUAUUGAAAGUUUGUUAUAUUUUCUCGGCAACUUCUUCGCUCAUGCUUGUGAGUUUUCGAAAAUCAGUGGAGGUUUUGAUCGCAAAUCUGGGCGGACUGCGGUGGACGAGCCAGACUAGGAAGAUGCAAACGACAAAUGAAAUAAAGCUAUCGAUUGGCAGCUUAGUUGGGUGUAAAAAGGUGUCGGUCUAUGAUGGCAAAGAAUAUUUCUCUUUCCAAGGAAUACCAUUCGCAGAGCCUCCUCUGGGAAAACUCAGAUUUAAGGAUCCGUUGCCAAUAAAGCCAUGGCAAGGAGUGAAGCAGUGCACCAAGCCAGGAAAUCCAUGCUUUCAGAUUCACGAAUUCAGUAAUCAGCUCAUUGGGAGUGAAGACUGUUUGUUUCUAAAUGUCUAUACUCCAAAGAUUUUUGGCCCAAAUGAAUUGAAACCUGUAAUGGUAUGGAUUCACGGAGGAGGUUUCACAUGCGGCAGUGGUGACGAUGAGCUCUAUGCGCCUGACUUUUUUGUUCACAAAGAUGUCGUACUGGUUUGUAUAAACUAUCGAGUAGGAGUUCUAGGAUUUCUUUCACUGGGCAAUAGUGACGUGCCAGGAAAUGCAGGGUUGAAGGACCAAGUGUUAGCUCUGAAAUGGGUUCAGGAGAACAUUGGUCAUUUUGGCGGAGAUGCUAACAAUGUGACUAUUUUCGGAGAAAGUGCUGGAGCCGCAUCCUGUCACAUUCUCUCAAUGUCAAACAUGGCUAGAGGACUCUUCCAUAAAGUUAUAAUGCAAAGUGGCAGUGCACUGAACCCUUGGGGAUACGUCGAGAACACCAUACCCAGAGCCUUUCUACUAGGCGAGCUUCUUGGAAAGAAAACCAGCGAUGCUGACGAAUUGAUCUCAUUUCUUAGAGAUCAGACUAAGGAAGAUCUUAUUGUUUCACAAAGCAAGGUUUUGUGUCAAAGGGAACUGAGGCAACUCUUCUAUCCUUUUGUACCAUGCAAAGAAGUGGCUGGCACAGGAACAAAUCUUCUUACAGAAUCACCUGAGAGGCUGCUCAAAAGUGGCCAAUUCGCACAAGUGCCUUACAUCAUUGGAAUGACCAGCAAGGAAGGCAUCAUUUCUCUUAAAGAACCAAAAUUGCUAUCGAAAUUGGAGAAAAUAAACGGAGAUGUUGACAGAUUUGUUCCUCAUGAGUUGAAUGUGCCUGGUAUCGCCGAACAUGUAUUUCCACAAGUGAAACAUUUUUACUUUGGAAAUCACCCUGUUUCUAGAGAAACCUUGGACCAGUAUAUAGAUCUAUAUUCGGAUCUGUGUGUUACCAUUGGACUGAAUAAAUCAUUGAAAUAUAUUUGUAAUAAAGGACUGAAAGAUGUUUAUGUCUACCAAUUUACAUUCGAAGGUGAACUGGGUUUCUUCAAACGAUACAUCAAAACUGUUGUGCCUGAGGCUCCACCAGGUGUGAGCCAUGCAGAUGAUCUUGGCUACAUAUUUCAUAGCAAUUUUGUUAAUGGACGAGAAUUUCCACUAGCGCCAAACUGUCCAGAGAGAAAAAUCGUUGACACAUUCAUUACGCUAUGGACAAAUUUUGCUGCAAAUGGCAAUCCAAACGGAAGUAGUAUUCAAGUCGAUUGGAAACCAAAUGAUCCACACGAAUUCAAGUAUCUGAACAUUGGAGAAGAGCUAGCGAUGGUGAAUUCAAAACUUAUGAAGGAGAGAGACGAUUUCUGGGAGAAAAUUUAUUCAAAAUACUCUCCAGCACCAAAACUGUAAUACAUGUUACAUUUGAUUGUUAAUUAUCAUUAGUAAGAUUUUUAUUUUGGAAUGGGCUGAGAGAAAUUUUGAAUAACAUAUAUAUACCACACUUAAAAAUGUGUUACAAUGUUUUAUGCAAGCUAUUUUAAAUAUAUUAAAAUGUUAUUACCGCAAUAACAGCAAUUUUAAAUGAUUGAAAGUAAUACUGUAAAAUCUCCUCCUUGUUUACUUGAUUAAAGGGAAAUAUUUUUCCAAAUCUUGAAAAGUUUUGAGUUUUAAUAAGUUUAACUAUCUUAUUAUCAUUUAGAGUACAUUCCAAGGACUAUAAUAGGAUCAUAAACUUUGAUCAGAAGUGGAGUCUCAAGUACCGAUAGUAUUGAUCACAAUAACUUUCAACGACUGGAAACUAUGAACUUUGAAUAGUAAUUGAUUUCUGA